GUUUACUAUGCUAGACUUAUAUUUAGUUAUAUAAAGCAGAAAUCAAGUCUCACGCCCUGUAUACCUUACAUCGCAGCGCCAUGGCCGUUCCCAAUACAUUCAGGGCAGCUGUAGUGCCCAGCCCAGGUAAGCAGCAUAUUAUCGUUGACCGAUCACUGCAGCCUCUCCAGUCUGGCGAAGUGGCUAUCAAGGUCACUUCGACCUCCAUCAACCCCAUAGACUGGAAAAUGCGUGACCACGAGGUCUUCAUUACAGACUACCCCGCGGUCCUGGGAUCAGAUGCCGCAGGCGAGAUUGCGGCCAUUGGACCAGACGUCUCUAACUUCAGUAUUGGAGAAAGGGUUUUCUUCCAAGGGAUAAUUGGGAACUACGAUGCGUCUACUUUCCAACAAUAUGCGAAGAUCGAUGCAGCGCUGGUGGCCAAGACCCCUGACAACAUCAGCGAUGACCAGGCUAGCGGAAUUAUGCUUGCCAGCCUAGCUGUACUCACCGCAUACUACGACAAGACAGGCCAUGGAUUGCCUGCACCGUGGGACAAGGGCGGGGAUAAAAUCGGCAAUGGUGCUGCAAUGGUCAUCAUUGGCGGCAGCUCUUCCAUGGGCCAGUAUGCGAUCCAACUGGCUCGACUGUCGGGAUUCUCCAAGAUCAUUACCAACUCGAGUCCUGCACACAAAGAGUAUCUUCAGAAGCUAGGUGCAACAGUCGUGCUCGAUCGUGAGGCCACGGCGGAUGAUUUCGCUGCCACUAUUGGAGACAAUGUACCGCUUGAUUUCAUCCUUGACACCAUCUCUGCCAAAUCUACCAGGGAGCUAUCUGUCGGCAUCGUGAAAGCAGUCAAGUCAACGAAAGCGGCAGUAACUAAGAUUGUUGUAGUUCUACCAGAAGUCUUGGAUUUUGAGAAAUUCGACGCCGAAGGCGAGUCAAAAGUAACUUUUCCUAGGAUCAUCGGCCUUGGAAGCACCCCGUCGCUUCGAUACUUAAGUGAGCCGUUCGCGAAGCAUCUUGGUGGCGAUGACGGUUACAUUGCCCGUGGCCUGUUUGAGCCUAAUCGACCAGUGAUUGUGCCAGGUGGUUUAGCUAGUGUAGAGGCCGCUUUGGCAAAGAACAAGAAGGGAGUGUCUGGCGAGAAGGUUGUUAUUAGACCUUUCGAAUAAAAAGUUACCAAAGUCUCGGUUAACUCCAUAGGGGCUGUACUAAUAUAAAAAUAGUAAUAAAAA